AACAGGCGAAUGUUUUUUACAUCAGACUUGUCGUUAGUCGUUUCUUUGUGAAAAAUUAGUAGUACUUUAGUUUUAAUUCGAAAUACCAAUUAAAUACACUAAUGUCGGACAACCAGGACAAAGAAGAAACAUUGGCCAGUUUCCAGAAUAUAACUAACAUCGAGGAUGUGGGUGAAGCCUUUUCGCAUCUGGAAGCUGCAAAUUGGGAUCUUGUGGAAGCACUCAGCCGUGUAAUACCACAAGAUGAUGCGCCGUUGGCGAAUUUGAGUCCCAAUACCAAUCCCAUACAUCAUCAUCCGCCCGAGGCGAUCGCACAAGAUGCCCAAGUAUCUCCAGCAGCUGCAGUUGGCGCUGGAACAGGAGCAGCACAUCCCAAUGCCAAUCUUAAUACCAAUCUGAAUGCACAACAAGCAGCAAACACCAAUGGGUUUAGGCCAUUCAAUUAUGAUGAGAUGCCAGGACCAUCGCAGGGAGCACGCAUGUUUCCAAGUAAGUUAAGAAAGACCCAGCUGACGUCGAGCAUCAACUUGGAUCCCUCAAGGCAGAACAACAACCAGAACAUCUUGGUAUUCAACAUACACUUUAAUCAGCAAAUUUAUCAGAUACGCAUACAAUCGCUGGCGACUGUCGAACAACUGAAGCGAAAGAUCUUUGAUGUGACCAAUGUACCACAAUGUCGCCAAGCCUUACGUGGCUGGCCACCGUCCAGAGCUAGUGAAGCUCAGCUGUCCGAGACGCAGCUCUGCAAUUUGGGCCUGGCGCCAGAGAAUGAGCUCAUACUUGUGGAUCUAACCGAUGAUGGUUUCAUGGAUACCGAACAAGAUGAGAGUACACAGCGCUUGGAUAAGAUAUUCAAGCUGCACAUUGUGGUGGAACCGGAGGGACGUCGCACUACAUUGAGUAUAGAGGGUAAAACAACAAUCGAGGAGCUGAAAACAAAAGUUUACUACAUUACCAAUACGCCAGUGCGGCAUCAGGAAUGGUCCGGCUGGCCCAGCGGUUGUGAUAACGAAACCACUCUGGCGCAAUCGGGCAUUGAACAGAAUCAUGAGUUUGUGGUGCGCAAUAUUGCGGAUCGCGUGCAAAACAAUUCCAAUGCAUUGAACAGCUCGGAUGUCGUCAAUCUGGACAGCGAAAGCUCUGCGGAUGAGUUUGAGGAUGCUACAGACUUCAACAAUUCGGAAUACAUAUUCACAGAUUCGCCACCCGUGCAGCCAUUGAACAGGCAUCUGAUUAGCAACAAUACGAACGAUGAGACGAGCGGCUCGGCACAAUUUGUGGAGAACUAUAGAGCACGCUUUGGUGAGCCACAUGCUGACUUCUUCAUAGGCAGCUUAGAGGAUGCACUGCGACUGGCCUGCCACAAGCCCGCCAAGGAGCGCAAACUGUUGGCUAUCUAUUUGCAUCAUGGCGAGAGUAUUCUGACAAAUGUAUUCUGUGAUCAUCUCAUGAAGGACGAGGGCAUCAUUUUGACAUUUCGCGAGAAUUUCGUGCUCUAUGGCUGGGACAUGACGUACGAGAGCAACAAGGAUAUGUUCCUGUCGUCACUGACGGCCUGCAUCAAUAGCAACGCUUCAUUGACGGCCAGAAAUAUCAAGCUAGACAAGCUGCCCGCCAUUAUGCUAGUCGGCAAGAGUCGCAUGAUGGGCCGGCAGACAUGCGAGGUCUUAUCUGUGAUUCAUGGCAACAUUGGGCUGGCUGAUUUGCAGUCGCGGCUCCUCGAUACUACAGUGAUGUACGAGGAACAGCUGCAGGGCGAGAUACGCGAGGAAAACGAACGUGCGGCACGCGAUCUGGUUAAGGCCGAGCAGGACAUGGCAUACGAGGAGACGCUUCAAGCCGACAUGGCCAAAGAGGCAGCGAAGCGUCAAAAGGAAUUGGCCCAAGCAGCCGAGCGCAAACGCAUUGAAAGCGAGCGUGCCGAAGAAGAUGCUAGACGUGAAUCCAUCAGAUUAGUGGCUAAGCAAUCAUUACCUCAGGAGCCUGCCGAGCAUGAAGCAAACAUUUCCAAAAUACGCGUGCGCAAGCCAACUGGCGAUCACCUGGAGCGUCGCUUCUACACACGUGACACACUCCAGGACCUGCUAAACUUUGUGGCGGCCAAUGGCUUUCUGAUCGAUGAGUACAAAGUGUUUAGCGGCUGGCCACGUCGUGAUCUGACCGCCAUCGAAGCGAGCCAAACGCUUGAGAGCCUCAAGCUGUAUCCGCAGGAAACUGUCAUAUUGGAGGAACGAUUUUGAUUUGCAUUCUUAUCGAUGAUCGUUUUACGGAUGUUCGUUUUAAGAGUUUCGUUUUCAUUUUGGAUUUAAGAUACGUGAAAGAGAACUAGUGUUUUAUGUUCAAUCACAAUAACCACAACAACAAACAACCGGAACAACAAACACUUUUACGCCGAAUUGGACUGUAGUUUUAUGAGCAAACAUUUUUUACGAAAUCGAGUUUAGGUUCGAGCAGAUUAGCAGCUAUAAAUAUAUAUAUAUAUAUAAAUACACACACACAUAUACAUUUAGAUUAGCACCAACUGCGAUUUAUGUUGCCACCCCCAACAAACAAACAAACACACACAACACAACUAUAUCCCCCAUUCAACCCCUAUACACACACACACACCCGUAACUGGUAGCGUUAGUUAAGCAUUCAAGAGAUGAAAGAAAGGCAUUUAAGUUGGCUUUGUUUUACUUUAUCAAUAAUAAAUUAUAUAACAUGUACUGAAAA